AACUUUGAAAUGGCGAUUCUAUCGAUAAAUAAACUGUAGUAAUUUACAAAGACCAACUUCUACCAAACUACACUGCAUCUACUCUGCGUGCUUGAUAUAUCACUAACAAAUGUCAGUAUUUGUUGAGGAAAAAUGCAAGUUUUUAUUAUCUUGUUAGUGUUUGCCAGCUCCAAGCCUUCUACGUCGAUAGGAAUUUACAGCAGAGAAAACAGUAGAUUACAAGAACAUUUUCAAAAAGAUGCAUUCUUCCACGAAAUAAAAGAUUGGUUUAUCCACGUGAAAAAUAAAAUUUAUGACAAAAUAUAUGGACAAACAACUACGACGACUCCUGAUAAUUUGCCAACGGAAGUGUUGGAUUUUAAUAAGUUACGAUUCAAAAGCAGAUUAAGAAAUUGUGGAUGGCAUCAAGUGAAUUUAUCUACUUUAACUUUCGAUCCUGAUCAAGAUUGGGGAUUUCGUAUCGGUAACUGGUACUUUAUCCGAAAAGAUGAUACAAAUCGUAACGGAAUUGAGAAGAAUAAUUCAGACGAUUCAAACUUUCAUGUCCAGAGUACUAUUGAACCAACAGAUCUAUCUAAAGUAGACACUGGACAGACCUCUGAUGAUAUGAAUUACUCGGAAGUUACGGAAUCUACACUGGCUAUAUCAACUACAACUACUUUUGCGACACAAAGUGUGACGCAAUCCACGACACAAAAGGCAACGAUACAACCCAGUACACAGAUCGAUUCAUCCAUAACCACUUCGUCAAGAACAGAAAUACCGAUGGUGGAUAUUGAAAUCAAUACUGAUUCUAUUCAUAAAGGAUCUGCGGAAGUUUUAAUGGGAUAACAGUGUCUUGACUGUAAAGAUAAUAGCGUUGUGUAAUUUCUUUCCUGCAUUUUUAUACAAAUUUUUUUAAUUUCGAAAUCAUUUUUCAUUUUUAUAUCAGAAUAAACAUUUUUAUUGCAAAGCUAAAUAUAUUUACAAACGAGUAAAUUACUUUCAUAGUGAACAUCGAUUUAUACGCGACAUACCAAGAGGUGUAAAAAAAGUACAGCAAUAAAAUGUUUUUUUUUUUUUCAUCAAGAAGAGUACACGUUUAUUCCGUAAAACUUAUCAUAAUCAUUCUAUGGUAAUAAAUUAUUAUAAUAAUUUUUACGUCGAUGUCACACAAAGCGUGGUCCUCGUGAUG